UAAGGGUUAGGAGGGGCCUCUGCCUCCUCUGUAUACAGGAGGGUUUCUUCUACACCCGCUCAUUCACACUGUGUCUGCUCUACACAGAUAAACAUGGAGUCCCAGGUCAGACACAACUUCCACAAAGACUGCGAGGCUGGCCUCAACCGCACGGUGAACCUGAAAUAUCACAGCUCCUACGUCUACCUGUCUUUGGCCUCCUACUUUGAUCGUGAUGAUGUAGCUCUUGCUAAUUUUGCCAAGUUUUUCCGGGAACGUUCAGAAGAGGAGAGGGAGCAUGCAGAGAAGCUGAUCAAGUACCAGAACCAAAGAGGAGGGCGAGUCUUCCUUCAGAGUGUAGAGAAACCAGAGCGUGACGACUGGACGAAUGGUUUAGAGGCGCUACAGACUGCUUUAAAGCUGGAGAAAACCGUAAACCAAGCUCUGCUGGACCUCCACAGUGUGGCUGCUGACAAGAAUGACCCUCAUAUGACAGACUUCCUGGAGUCUCCAUAUUUGUCAGAGAGCGUGGAGAUGAUGAAGAAACUUGGAGAUCACAUCACCAGCUUGAAGAAGCUUUGGUCCAGUCAUCCCGGCAUGGCCGAGUACCUAUUCAACAAACACACGCUGGGCUGAAGCUUCCAGUGCAGUUACAAGCCUCUUAAUCUAGUAGCUCUGUGUAGGCAUCAGAAAUAUCAUUUAUACUAGAGGGGAAAAAAAUAAUUCCACCAGCAUUAAAUUAUGCAAUAAAUUUGGGACCAAUUUAGUU